CUCCAAAAAGUUGAAAUUUCAUUUGCCAACCCCACGUGUGUUGCUGCUGUUGAAGUUUUCGUUUUUUAAUUCAAAAAGUGUGGCACGUUUUUGAAUAAAAUUUAUUAAUUUUUGAAAUAAAACAUCUUUAAUUAACAUAACACAUAAUGGGACGCAAAGCCCAAUAUUCUGAAAAACCCAAAAAAGGGCCAGGUCGCAAAGCUAGAAAACAAAAACCGCCAACAUUCACCAAAGCUAGUUUCGCUCCAAUGGAUGACCCUGAUAAAAAAUUAUCUCACCAUCAGAAACAACGAUUGGCUAAGCGUGUCGCCAAAAAAGAUGAGUUGAAAAAGAAACAACAGCAAAAGAAGCUACAACCCAAGAAACAGCAACAUUAUGAAAGCGAAAGUGAAGAGGAAGUUAACUCUGAUGCCGAGGAGCAGGAGGAAUCCAUGGAAGAGAGUUCAGGUGAGGAAGAUGCAGCUCCAGUUAAAGGUUUUACAGAUGAGAACAAAUCCUGGUUGACUCCAAAGCAAAAGUCACAGAAAAAACCAGUUGCUCCUCAAGGAAGUGAUGGAGAGAGUGACGAAGAUGAAGAAGACGAUGACGAUGAGGAAGACGAUGAGGAUGACGAGGAUUUAGCUGAAUGUGAUGAUGGGGAAUCUUUUGACGAGGAAAUGGAAGACGAUGAAGAGGGUGACGAAGAAGAGGAGGAAGAAUCUGAAGAUGAGUCGAUGGAUAAACUUAAAGUUGGCAAACUAGCAGAUUUGUCUGACGAUGAAAAGAAUUCCGACGAUGAUUUUGAUCUCUCAGAACAAGAAGAAAAUGAUGACGAUGAAGAUGAAGAAGAUGAUGAUGACAGUGACGAUGAUGAUGACAAACUUCCUAUAGAAAAAGCCAAUAAGAAGUUGAAAAAGAAGAAGGAAAAAGAAGCCAAAGAGUCGCAAGCUGAAAUGCAAAUGUCUGUUGAUAAUCAAGAAAUCUUUCGAUUCCCCGAAGAAGAUGAAGAAGAAAAAGAAAUCACUUUGCAAGAUGUCCAACAGAGAAUUAAAGAUAUUACUUUGGUUCUAUCUGACUUUAAGAAAUAUCGUCAAGAAGGUCGAAGUCGUCCGGAAUAUAUAGAAAUUUUGAAGAAAGAUUUGUGCUUGUACUACAGUUAUAAUGAAUUCUUAAUGACCAAAUUGAUGGAUAUGUUUCCACUCAAUGAACUUAUGGAAUAUUUGGAAACAUCUGAGGUUGCUCGUCCACUAACCAUCAGAACGAACAGUCUUAAAACUAGACGUCGUGAUCUGGCUGCCGCUCUUAUCAAUCGUGGUGUCAAUUUAGAUCCCCUUGGCAAAUGGACCAAAGUUGGUUUGGUUGUCUACAGCUCUCAAGUGCCACUUGGAGCUACACCAGAAUACUUAGCUGGUCAUUAUAUGAUUCAAGGUGCUUCUAGUAUGCUUCCAGUUAUGGCUCUAGCUCCGCAAGAAAAUGAACGUAUUUUGGACAUGUGUUCGGCUCCAGGAGGCAAGGGAUCCCAUAUUGCUGCUAUAAUGAAGAAUACUGGUGUACUCUUUGCAAACGAUGCCAAUCGUGACCGUAUUAAAGCUGUUGUUGCAAAUUUCCAUCGAUUGGGAGUAAUAAAUGCCGUUGUCAGUUGUGAAGAUGGUUGCAAGUUCCCUAAAAUUAUGACUGGAUUCGAUAGAAUUCUAUUGGAUGCACCUUGUACUGGAACAGGAGUUGUCUCCAAGGAUCCUAGUGUGAAGACAUCAAAGUCAGAAAUUGAUGUGCAGAGGUGUUAUAAUUUGCAGAGGAAACUUCUCUUGACUGCAAUUGAUUGUGUUGAUGCCAAGUCCACAACUGGAGGAUACAUUGUCUAUUCAACAUGUUCGAUUCUUCCCGAAGAAAAUGAAUGGGUCAUUGAUUACGCUCUGAAAAAACGUAAUGUUAAACUGGUCCCAACUGGAUUAGACUUCGGAACCGAAGGCUUUGUCAAUUACAGACAAUUUAGAUUCCAUCCGAGCAUGAACCUAACCAGGCGUUAUUACCCUCACACCCAUAACAUGGAUGGAUUUUAUGUCGCUAAAUUGAAGAAAUUCUCAAACCAAAUUCCUAUUAGUAAGGAAGAGCAAGAGGAGGAUGAGAAGGAGUUGUCGAAGGAAAUUGUUGAAGAAAAGUCCGAAGAAAAUGGUGAAGACGACGAACCAAAACCAUUGAAGAAACUUGGUAAACGUGCUGGUCACCCCUAUUUGAGUGAAGUCGAAUUGGAGCAGAAGAAGAAAAAGUUGAAGGAAAGCGCUAAGAAGUAUGUUGCAAACGUUUUCGAAAAACCAGUCAAGGUGGAAAAGGUGAAGAAACCUGACGAAGAAAAGCCCAAUGAAGGUGAAAAUAAAAAUGAAGCCAAAAACUGGGAAAAGAAACAAAACAAACCAACAGAUGGAGUGUCUAAUGGAGUAUCCAAACAGGGAAACAAGGAGAGUAACAAAAAGAAAUUUGAAGGUGGUGGCAAACCGAAUAAGGGAGCAUUUCCACAAGGACAUCAACAAAAUGUGAAUUCGAAUGCCCCUGGCCAAGGAAAGAAAAAUAAGAACCAGCACCAGAAACAGAAUCAACAUCAACAACAGUCCAACCAAGGACAACAAAACCAGAAACAAUUUUCACAAAACGGUAGCCCGGCUCAAAAGAAUAACAAAAAUCAACAAAAACAGAAAAAGUUUGACAAAAAUGACGCUAAAUCAAAACAACCACAAAGCCAACAACAAACUGAACCUAAACAGCACGGUAAACCCUCUCCCAAACCAAGUGGCCAAGCGCAAUCCCAUCCUCAGAAUUCCCAGGGGCCAAAACACAACAAGGGUAAGAAAGGAAAGCAAAAUGAAGCUGUACAAGCGCAAUCCCAAUCCCAACCCCAGAAUGGCCAGGCUUCUAAGCCCAACCAAGGGAAAAAAGGCAACAAAAAUGAAGCAGGACAAGCGCAAAACCUUCCCCAGAAUGGCCAAGCGUCAAAGCCCAAUAAGGGCAAAAAAGAUCACAAAAAUCAACCUGGAAAGCCUGUAAAUGCAUCCCCUGCAAAACAACAAAAUAAUCAAAAGCUUAAGGAAGUUGUGCAACAAAAGAAAAAGAUUGAUAUAGAUGAUGUACCCGUAUUGGAGGGUAAACCUAUCAAACAAAAUAAGAACAAGAAAUUUGAAUCGAAAUCGAAAGAAAUGGGACAAUUGAAAAAGAAUAAAAAAGAUUUUAAUAAGAAUAAGUCAUUCAAAGGAAAACCCGGAAAACAUAGCCAGAAACAGAAAUAGAUUAGCAUAAUAGAUUUCUUGAUUUAACUUUUAACUGUAUAAAUAAUAUAAAUAACAAUUUUUUUGUUUCCUUAAUUCUUUUAAGAGUCUAUUUUAUUGUAUUUUUUUUAUUACAUUAGAUUUCAUCGAAAUAAAUGAAAAUUAAAAUACAACAUUAUACAAAAAUGUUAA